AUGGAGGACAGCCUCAGGAGAACGCGCUUUCGCUUUAGCCGCGCCAAGACCGUCAGCGAAUGGCUUGCAGAAAUCAACGCCACUGCCACCGCUUUAGACCUCCGAUUGUCCUCUAUGAACGCCCUCUUCGUCCGCGCCGAGGGUGUCGCCAGGCUCGGCUCCGCCGUCGAGAACCUCACAUCCUCCGAUCCCCAGCAUCAACCCGACCUCUUCACCCCUUCCUUUGACGUCCCCACCAACCCACCGCAUGUCGUUUUAAAUUUUGGCCCAGUCGCAUUUGCACCAGGAGAAGGCCACCGUCACGACAUCUCCCUCGAGUGCCGCCUGAAGCUCGCCAUCUUGCGCCCGCCGGCGAGUAUUGAGGGAACCACGUCAAGUCACCCUCGUAUCGUCGGCAUGCAGGGCAUGAGCGGGGUGGGAAAGUCUUGCGCCCUUCGCGGGCUCGCGACGGACCGCGACGUGCGCGCCCGCUUCUCUGACGGUGUGUACUGGCUCGGCUUGGGGGAGGAUUGCAACGACGCCGAUCUCGUUCGACAGCUCGCCGCUCUCACCAGGCAGUCUGGCGGCGUGCAAGCCGAGAAGCAAGUGCUGGAGAAGACCCGCCUUGACGGGGCUGUGUUCAGCGCGAGGCUCUGGUUUGCGGGAAGGAGGAUUCUGUUGCUCGUGGAUGACGUCUGGGCGUCGAAUUGUGUUGGCCGUGACGUCGUGCGACGGUUGGGAAAGGUGACUGAUGCCGCGACGGGUAGUUGCGUCGCAUUUACGUCGCGCGAUUUGGCAAUGGUCGGCAAGGAAGAAUCCAUCGAGUUUUCGACGCGGGAUGAUAGUUUGUCCAGAGAUAUUUUGUUUUCGGCCGCAGGCUUGAGAGAGGAAGAGACCAAGGCGCUGCAGGGAUCGGUAGUGCGGUUGUUGGCACUGUGUGGCGGGCUGCCGAUGGCGUUAUCGGUCGCCGGCAGUGCGAUUGCAAUGCGUCGUCGAGUGGCUUUCAAUCGAAGUCUGCAGGCAGUCUGCGAGGAGUACUUGGACGUGCUGGUAAAGUAUCGCGGACGGCUUCUGAGUGAGACCGUGGAUGGCGAUGGGUAUAGCAAUUUGUCAACCGCGUUCACGGCAUCGCUUGCAAUGCUGGAUGAAAAAAACAGUCUUGAGUUGAAGAACGGCAUGUCAUUUGCGGAGAUGUAUGGAUGUCUUGCUGUUAUUGAACGUCAUGGGUGGUUGCCAACAACAGUCCUUGCCGUGCUAUGGGGCCUUGAUGAGAUCCAGGCCACGGAAGUUGUAAACUUGUUUGCCAUGGUGAGCCUAGCCGAGAGAAAGGACGAGAUUUUGAACGGGGGGAACGUUACUGGACUUGCAUUGCAUGAUCUGCAGUUGGAUUUUGCGGAGACGGAAUGCAAGAGUCAUAGCGAAGUGUGCAAGUUGCAUGAAGCGAUUGUGCAGGGUUGGAUACCAGAGGUAGGAUCGGAUAGAUGUGGCAGUUUGCGCGAAUAUUCUGCGUGGGCAACGUACGAUGCGUUUGCACAUGAUUACGCAAGGCAGAACGUGAGUCGGCACUUGAUCGGAGCCGGCUUGACAACUCAAUUGGAGAUGCUGCUCAGAGAUCCAAGAUGGACUGUAAGGAGGCUAGCUCAGUCAGAGACUCUGGGACUUGAAGAGGAUUUCAAUCUGCUGUUGGAGGGGAUCAAAGCGAAAGGUGAUGACAGCUCUAGGCAAGGACACAAGAUAUGGUCUCUGCAGAUAAUUGUCCGAACCGCACGACUAAGUGCGCCGUAUGUGUCGCGCCAUGCGGAUGAGGUGUGGUUUCAGCUCUAUGCACGGUUGCUUAGUAUUAGAAAUGAAUCGACUCUUUUGCAAGAGUAUACAGCGGAUAUCGAACGACAUGCGAAGAAGCCGUGGGUGAAGGCACUAACGCCAUGUCUCAGUAGCCCGCGGUUUUUGCAUAGUUUAUUACCAUGCGGUGGCCGAGUUUGCGGGACGAGUGUUGGGACGGGAGGGGAAAAAGUAGUGGCCUGGGGUAUUUGCACUGAAGGGGCAUUUGUAUGUACGUUUUUGAGGGGUGAACUGGAAUCAAGGGUAUUACUGCAGAGUGACGACGACCAUGUGAUUGCAAGUACCACCGGUAUCAAGGGACAAGGUCCUUCGGGAUGGCAAUCUGCAAAUGCCUGGAGCCCUCAUGAUGAUGGCAAGGAAGUUUCCUUGAUACGCUGUUCAGGAAACGGCAAAGACGCUGUAACUGUUCACAAGGAUGGGACGGUCCGGGCCUGGGCUAUGGAUCCAAGAGGGCAUCUUGUAGAUCCCCUGACGCUGAGCGCUGGCGAAGAGCAUCGCUUUGCGUUGUCGCCGGAUUGGAGGAGAAUAGCAAGUAGCGGGCCUGAAAUGAGUGUGAAGGUAUGGGAUCGACAUACCGGAGAAAUGCAGGGACAGCUAUUACUUGAACAACACGUACGAGUCUUCUGUUUGGAUUGGUCGCCGGACGGAAAGCGGCUGGCCCUUGGCGGGCGACAUCAGAUGAUGCAGAUUUGGAACGUCGAGACCGGAGAGAUAGUAGGGCAGCAAGGUCAAAGCAGCGGCACAAUUCUUUGUGUGGCGUGGUCUCCGGACGGAAGGCGCAUUGCGGGGGGUGGACGGGACAAAAUGAUCACAGUUUGGGACAGUGCGACCGGUGAGGCGAUAGGAGCAACUUUUCGUGGGCAUUCCAGUGCGGUCUUCUGUCUGGCAUGGUCACCCAAUGGGAAGCGAUUAGCAUCUGGUGGCUGGGACAAGUCGGUGAGAAUAUGGGAUGUGGAGACGGGAAAGGCGCUGGGCUCGGCACUGCUAGGCCACAGGGACACAGUUUCAUCCGUGGGGUGGACACCGGAUGGAGAGCGAGUGGUGUCUGGAGCAUGGGAUGAGACGGUGCGGAUAUGGGACACUCAGAGUACAGAAGACAGUGGAAUACUGACAGGCAGCCGCACUCCCAAGGUAUCGUGUGCGGAAUGGUCCUCUAACGGGAGAUUCCUCGCAUCGGGCGGGAGAGAUCGGAUGAUUAGGAUAUGGGAUGUGGAGAGUGGAGAGGCUGUUGGGGAGGCGUGGGGCAUGCAUCGGAGCGAGAUUUGCUGCUUGGCGUGGUCGAGGAAUAGCAAGCAUUUGGCCUCUGGGGUGAAGAACGGGACAGUGAGUGUCUGGGACGUAGAGACACGAGCGAAGAUCGGAGAAGUGGGCGGGGAUGGGAGAGCGGUAACGCAGCUGAUAUGGUCUGCGGAAGGGGCGAAAAUUGUGGUGGAGGCGGGGCAAGAGAGACGUGUCUGUGAUGUUGAUGGGUGGAAAGGAAUAGCACAGGAGGUUAGCCUUGGUGUACGCACACAAGACGAGGACCCGAAGUCCCAGCAACUCAGCAUAUCUUUGGAGGGUGCAUCUGUCGUGUAUGACAGCAAAGCUGGGAAAGUCACACUCGCUACGUUCGAAAGGAGUGGCAUGCACCUUCGGUGUUCCCCAUCGAAUAGACGAGGUGUUGUGUUCUCAUCCAGGAAGUUCUACUUCUUCGAAAUAGUCUGGUGAGGGUGAUUUUUCACCAGUUCAAUGAAUUACCUCGACAUGUCUCCGCACUCCACACCUC